AUGGUCAAAGGAGAGCUGUUUGCGUUUGGCUCCGCGGCGGCUGCCCUCGGCGGCGCAUACAAGCUCAGCGAGUUCCUGUACAAGGCGAAGCGCCUGCGCGACGUCGGUCCCUCCAACGCCGUCUACGUGCGCAUCAUCGGCCGUGUGCGCUCCGACCUCGACGAGGUGAGGCGCUUGCUGUCGGUCCGCGAGGUGCACGACGCCCUCGAGUCCAACCCGGAGAAGUCCAAGUGGGUCUAUGGUGUUAUGCGCGAUGUGCGCGGCGCCCUGGAGAACAUCACGCCGCACACGGAGCGCGUCGGCUCCGACAUCGACGAGGGCCGCCGCGUGGGCGUCUGCCACCGCGUCUACUGGCUGCUCAGCGAGAAGGAGAAGCUCGAGAACCGCGAGAAGGAGCUCGCCAUUGCCCACGCCAGCCUGACCGAGGUCCUUGGCUACCUGACCGCCCUCGAGCCCGUCGACGAGCCCAAGCACAAGUCCAAGAAGGACGACAGCCCCAAGGACACGCACGUCCGCAAGGACACCCACAUCGACAUCGACAUCAGGCGCGACGCCCCCGCCAAGCACACGGAGCACGUCGAGCGCGACGUCUGGGUCGAGCACGACCACGCCCCCCGCCGUGUCGAGGAGCGUGACGUCUGGAUCGAGCGUGACAGCCGCGGCCCUCCCCGCUACGAGGAGGAGCAGCGCGACGUCUACAUCGACGAGCGCGGCCCCCGCCACUUCGACGACCGCGGCGACCAGUACCAGCGCGACCUCGACUUUGAGCGCUACGACCCAGCCGACCCGCGCUACCAGCAGCAGUCCACCGAGCGCUUCGAGCAGCGAGACGCCUACGAGCGCCGCGCCCCCCACCCAGAGGACCGCCGCUACGAGCAAGCCCCUCUCGGCCGCCGCCCGGAGUCCUUUGAGGACCGCGUGCCCGAGCGCGACAGCUGGAUGCAGAGCUCCGCCAACCGCGGCUACGGUGCGUACGGCGCACCGCAAUACCACCAACGUAGGUUCCAGGGCGACGCGGGCUUUGGAGACGCAGAAGUGCUGAACCCCCAACCAGUGCCUCCCAACCAGCAAUACUCGGAGCGCGAGGUCUGGGUCGAAGAGAAGGAAGACUUCCGCUUCGACGAGUAUGGGAACAGGUUGCCGGACCGCUACUUCCAGCCCGUCCCGCGGCCCUUUAGGAGCAGGAUGUAA